ACCCAUAUGACCUGCUCUUUAAAUCUUUGUGGGGAGACUAAUGUUUUAGACUUGACUUAGUAAUAUGCCUAAAUUUAACUAAAUUUAAAUUUGAUAAGUUUAAUUUUUCUAUUGAACCCAGAAAAUUAUUUAGUAUAGGUUUGCAACAACUUUGCCUUAUUCAUUUUAUCUCAAGGGGGCACUAUGUCAUAUAUUGUCAGUCCAUGUUUACAGCAUGAAUGCUUGCUCUGCUGCAUUGUGCAUCUUAUUGUGCAGCUAGUGGAUUGGGAGAUUUCCUGAAUUCUCUCUCGCUUUCUAAUGCGUCUUUCAAAUCGAACACUAAUAAACUUAGUCAUGUGGUACCGUUGUCUUCAUUUCAUAGGACUUUCUUCCUUUUAAUAUUUCAUUGUGCUGAUUGUUUCAUAUUUUCAGGUUACAGCCGACCUAUCAGUCAACAAAAUCCAACCUCCAACAUCUCUGGCACACCUGCUAUUUCUCCUAAUAAUUCCACCACAUCCACUCCUGCCACCUCCCAGCCUCAGCCUACCACACCAAUCACUCCAGUUUUUCCUGGCAUGGUCCCAUCCCAGAACCCUGUAACCCCCUCGCCUACUCCUGCCCCCUUGCCCUCAGUCAUCAAAGGGCCUCCUGUCCCAGCUGGCUCUCCCCAAGUUGCCUCAAACUCCAGUGGCCACACCACGCCAGUUCCUUCUCCGUUUCCUGGCAUGCCCCCUUCUGGUCGAAACACCCCUUCAGUCAUUAAAAGUCAUACCCCAUCUGGAACACCCUGUGGAACACCCGGGCCAAGUACAACCAUCCCUUCUUCUCCCUUCCACAGUGCUCCCCACUCAGAAACACCUACUGGUGGACUCACAUCUACUCCCAGAGCAACUGGUGAUCCCUUGACUCCUCAUGGAGCUAUGGGAUUACACUCAAAGAAGGGGUACCCACCCUCCUCAGAUUCCCAGUCAGCACUUUUGCUCCCUGGCACUCCCUCUACCCAGUCACAUUCAGUUAUCCGUAGUUACACACCCUCAGGGAUGUCCUCCCUCACUCCUGGACGUUCUACUCCCAGCAUGCAAGGUGUUGGUGGAUUACCAGUGGCGCCUGCGGCUUCUAGUCCUAAGCCCUCUCCUGGACUGACCUCUCAGACAGCCAUGAGUAGCCCUACUGGAGCUUUGUUUAUUGACCAACAUGCUAGCUCCAUGGCCCGGCAAAGUGGAGGUAGUGGAAGCAACAGUCCUGUCCCUUCUGCUUUCAAAGGUCCCUCCCGCUCUGGCACUCCUUCUCUUAGCUCUCUAGUAAUGCCAAACUCUGCUGUUCUUGCCCGACCCCUUGGCAUGGCCCAUGGUGCUGCCUCGCCACAGUCUUCUUUACCCAGCACUGCUGGUGUAUCUGGACUCCACAAUCUUUCCUCUGCUCUGGGCUCUCAGGCUAGAAGCAGCCCUUCUCCACAUUUUCCAGCCAUGUCUCCUUUCCAUGGAGCCCAGUCCUCCAUUUCCACCCCAUCCACUCCUACUCCUCCAGUGUCAUCUGUGUAUUCUGGCCUGGCUCACUCUAGUGCUCGCACGCCCUCCCCCUUUGGCCUGGGAUUGACCACAGCUCCCUCCGUGUUCCCGGGUCUUCCUUCCGGCCCAAACCCUGCCUUCCCAGGAUUUGGAGGCUCAGGGCCCACUGCAGCAGGUAGUCCGGUGCUGUCCUCCUUAAUGGGGCUUCCAGGAGCCUCUUCCUCAGUAGCCACCGUUACACCUCUCCAGGCAGCAGCAGUCGCAGCAGCUGCUGCAGCAGGAGUCCCCUCCUCAUCUGCUGUGCUUCCUGGAUUUGCCUCUGCAUUCAGCUCUAACUUCAACCCCGCCCUUGUUGGCCAGACUGGGUAAUUUUUUCUUCUUCUAUUUAAUUGUUGCACAAGUUUAUAAAGUAUUAAGCAGAGAGGUUUGAAUACUAUUCUAGGGUUGAAUUAGGGCAAGGGUACCAAGCCCUGCUCCUGGAGGACUACCUCCUGCAUACUCCAGUUCCAACCCUGCUCCAACACAUCUGCCUGUUAUUUUCAAGUAAUCCUGAACACAGUUUAUUAGGACUUGAUUAGCUGAUUCAGGUGUGUUAAAAAAACACCUGCCGGAUGGUAGCCCUCUAGGAGCAGGGUUGGCUACCCCAUGAUUUAGGAUUAUUUGAAAUAAGCAGAAAGUGCUAAACCAGGGGUGUCCAAUCCUGGUCCUGGAAAUCUACCUACCUGCAUAGUUCAGUUCAUCUGUCUGUAAUCAUCAAGUGCUCCUGAAGAUCUUUGCUGGAAGGUAGAUAAUUGGGAACGGGAUUGAGCACCUCUGUGCUAAACUAAUAUGGAGCAUCUACAUUGUCAAUGGUAUGUAAAUAACAGUUCUAAAACUUAGUGAGCUGCCUACUUAGCCAGCAUUAUAGGUGCACAACACCAGGGCUUCUCUAGGAAAUGUAGG